CAUUCAUGUCAAGUAACCAGACUGAACGAGCUCUGCGGGGCGUUUUACUUUCCAUGUAUGCGACACAUCCUGCAACCCGCUGACGUCUGAAGCGGCUCGGUGGUGCGGUUGGAUCCGCAGCGUCUCGACAACAGCUACUCUUAGAAGCGCUAUUUAUGCACAGUUUAAUAUAAUGUCAUGUUAUGUCACUGUGUUGAACACAGAGCUAUCCAACCCUCCUGCCCUGCUGAUGGCUGAAGUUCUCAUUGGUUAAAGAUGGAGCAUAAUCUUGAUCUGGAUGCAUGUAUCAUGAACACCAUUACUGAUUAAAUGAUAACAUUGGAUGAACUGGGCUGCAGGUACACAGUGUGUGGCCAAGGGGGAUCACAGGAAACCCAAACCUGGAGAACUGGCUUACCACAAAGGAGACAUCCUCACUAUCGUUGAUGCCAGCACGAAGAAGGGAUAUUACAAGGCCAGACUCAACACCUCAGGAGAGGAAGGACUCAUAAACGCCACCAAUGUGCGUGAAAGAGAGGCUCUGUGCGUUGACCCCAGCCUCAGCCUUAUGCCUUGGUUUCAUGGGAAGAUCUCGGGUCCAGAGGCGGUGUGUAAGCUGCAGCCGGCUGAGAGCGGCCUGUUUCUGGUUCGAGAGUCUGUCCGCCAUCCCGGCGACUACGUCCUGUGUGUCAGUGUCUCCGGAGAUGUUAUCCACUAUCGGGUGAUUUAUCAGGACAAGCAGCUGACCAUUGAUAACACACAGUUUUUCUACAACCUCAUUGACAUGAUAGAGUUCUACUCAAAGAACAAAGGCUCCAUCGCUACAACUCUUCUGAAGCCCAAACAAAAACAAGGAACCAAGUCAGCUGAGUUGGAGCUGUCCAAAACUGGAUGGCUGCUUGACAUUACGAAGCUCAAACUGGGAGAGAACAUAGGAGAAGGGGAGUUUGGUGCCGUUUAUGAAGGAGACUAUAUGGGCCAGAGGGUGGCAGUAAAGACCAUUAAAUGUGAUGUCACUGCCCAGGCCUUCCUGCAGGAGACCACAGUCAUGACGAAGCUCCAGCAUAAAAACCUGGUGCGAUUGUUGGGGGUUAUUCUUCACAAAGGGCUUCAUAUUGUCACGGAGCUCAUGACUAAGGGAAACCUUGUCAACUUUCUCAGGACAAGAGGGCGCUCAGUUGUAAACACGGAUCAGCUGCUCCGCUUUGCUCUUGAUGUGUGUGAGGGGAUGGAGUACCUGGAGUCCAAGAAGUUGGUUCACAGAGAUUUGGCCGCUCGUAACGUGUUGGUCUCUGAAGACAGCCUGGCCAAGGUCAGCGACUUCGGCCUGACCAAGGUGGACUCGAAGGUGUCGGAUAAUGCCAAACUGCCGGUCAAAUGGACCGCCCCCGAAGCUCUGAAGAAAGAGAAAUUCUCCACAAAAUCAGAUGUUUGGAGCUACGGUGUUCUCCUGUGGGAGAUCUUCUCUUACGGUCGUCAACCUUAUCCUAAGAUGUCUCUGAAGGAGGUGAAGGAGAGGGUGGAGGGGGGCUAUCGCAUGGAGGCUCCAGAGGACUGCCCCCCCGUCGUUUAUUCGCUGAUGAGGAUUUGCUGGGAGCAGGAGCCACGCAGAAGACCUGCUUUUCACAAACUGAGAGAGAAACUUGAGCGAGAGAUGGGUAAACACAUCCCCGGGUCUGAGUGCCGGGAUGGGAUCAGGUCUGGUUCUGGAUGCUGAUCUUUGUUGUGAAUCUUUGAGCUCACAAUGGUGGUAAUAGACUGGCGGCUGAUGGACAGGUAACACACGCAUUGUUGCCUGCUUCUGAUGGUGUGCAUCACACAAGAUGGCCCGGUGGAGUUCCUACUGGAUUUCCUUUAAUCUAGCAGAUGGGACAAGACACUCAUUAUGCGACUCUGCUCAUCACAUAAUGCUGAUGAGAAAGGGUUUCGCGGUUGGAGCCAUGAAUAUGUUAAACUUUGCUUUGGUCCAUUGCCAUGAAACUUUGUACAUACAUCCACGGUCCCCAGAGGAUACAUCCUAAUGACUGCACCUUGCACGGUCAACAAAAUCUGUCCACAGACAGGAAGACAUAUAAAAACCUGGCAAAGAACUUAAAAUAGCUUCUUUGGUAGUUCCCAUUACAGAAGGUGUCUCCAGGACCACAUUUUGCCAUGAUCACAAACACACACACACACACAAAACAAUGUCAGCCACACAUUGUUGCGGCUGGUAGUCAAUCCUACAGGACAAUGCAGAGCCACUGUCUGAAGUCUGUUGACACUGUUUGUAAUGCCACACCAGACCCCAUGAAACUCCAAAAACCAUCAAUGUAUUGCUGCAGCUAGCAAGUAUUGAGUCGCCAAAGACAAUGGUGAGUGUCAGUAUAACUCCAUCAUGUGUUGGAAGUACUGCACAUUGAGUUUGAGUCUCCCAAAUUACCUUAUAUGUUGCUAUGUCGGUUUAGUAGUCAGGUUUUUUGCCAUAUAAAUAUGGUACCUGUAUGAUCAAAGAUCUACGUUAAACACAGGUUAUUUGUAUUUAAUGUCUGGAAAACACGUCUGAAGAUGAUCAAACAUACGUACGGGAAACAACAAGAAAAAAUGUUUAUCUGGGAUUUAGUCACAAAUCACCCAAAUCUGCUUGUUUCCUGGCAUUCAUCUUCAACAAUAUGCCAUGGAUUCAGGGCUUAAUAUGUCAAACAUAUUUAAUAUUAAUUGUUAUUGUUGGUUUAUAGUAAGAGAGGGAUGUACAUCCUUUUUAAAAAGCAGUGUUCUUGUCUGUAGGGAAGAUUGGGUUGCUCAUUUGCAACAGAUACUCUGUGAGCCUGAGUUCACUAGCUUUUUCACUUUUAAGAUGAAUUUUGUUUUUUUCUUUUCCAGAUUUGUUUCUUAGAAAUCAAAUCUCAUACUAUUUUUGACACUUUGUCCAUCACACUCCACUAGACAGCAUACUUGGGGCGGGGGCUUUGAUUCAAUUCAUUCAAAUUCAAUUUAUUCCGUAAGACUAAAUCAAAGGAAAAUGCGGCAUUUAUUACUACUUUCUCUUCCCUCUUUAUAAGGAUUUAGAGAUUAUAAGAUUGACUUUGUGUUAUCCACCAUCCUCUUGGGAUCUCUUUGGAUUUUUGCAGGUAAAGAAUGUUUUCUGUAUUCCUAAUCUUUGAUCAUCACAGCAUUAUUUUACAUCUACCUUGAUAUCGAUGUAUUCUAUUUAUUACUGUAUAACUCAUCAACUGCUUUUUAAUAGAAAAUGCAAUUAAAUAUUCUAAUGCACAUUCAGUUCUAAACCUACCACAAAAUGAAACCUCUUUUUUGGAUUGUUGUCACGUCACAAGACCAAAUAAAGAUGUCAUUUGACUUAAGUCUA